UGUGAAGCCCUUUAUACUAAUAACACUUAUUUUAUCUUAUCCAGUAACUAAACGCGUUUGACAACUUCAUUUCUGUGACGUUUUGAACAUAUCAGACCAAAGCGAAUAGUGUUGUAGCAAAUUUUUAACACGUAUUUACAUCACUAGAAUUUCAAUCUUAACACCAAGUAAUAAAGAUUUUUUUGGUUUAGUGCAUACCAUAAAAUACUUCAGAAACUUAAGAAUUUCUGUGUAAUUAUUAAUGGUUGUGCUCGGCGACUGUUCCCACGUCUCCAAGCACCAAUUUCAUUUGAAUUCCUAAAUUACCACGAUAAGAACCGUUCAUCUUGACCAUGGAUUACCAAAGCAGGCAGCUGGCUGAAGACUGCUUCUUACGGGAGCCCGUAGAUGCUCGAAUAAGAAAAGCUAAAGAGGAGCCGAAGGAAGACCCACACCCGCAUCUUAAAGUGACUAUGCAGACAGUCCGCUUGAACCCGGACUCACAAAAGUUAAUUCUUGAUACAUUGAGGUAUAUACAUGGUCCGGAUUUCAAGCUUGGCAGUGCUAGCCUUUAUAAGGAUAAAGGCACGAACCUCAGCAACAGGUACUGGAUGGAGCGAGGCAACCUGGUGGUGCAGGGAGGCUGCGACUACUCACUCAACAAUAAACCUGACAUUGAGACUUCUGAAGCUCGGCUUAGAGCAUUCGCUUUGGCAAAGUUGGAAAAGUAUCACUUUCACAAAGCACAUUGUGCAGAAGCAUUGGAAACGGCGGCGGAAAGCGUGGAGAAGGCUCUAGAAACACUCUUCUACAAGUAUUUCAAAGUAGACCUUCAAGACAAACCUGAAAAUGUCCCCACACCAGGAGAGCUACUUGAAAUGAGGAAUGACGAGAAAGCUGUCUUAGAAUCAAUAUACGAAUCCAGCUUCAGACUAAAGGAACAUAAUGUCUGGAAUCUCAAAUUAAGUCUAGAUUAUUUAACCAAAAUGUACGAAAGCAAGGAAGUCGAAGCGCCGAAAACGAAAAAGAACAUUAACUACAAUAGCAAUUUUAAAACGAAGAAAAAGGAAGUUUGUAAACUGUUCUUAAAAGGCCCAUGCCGAUUUGGUGCUAAAUGUAAGUUCUCUCACGAAGUCAAUGUAGAACCAGUAAAAGAAGUAGAGAAAGAAGAAAAUUCCAAAAUUAACUAUGAGUUAGAGAUCAGGUUUCCAGAAGACACUGUAUAUCCUUAUGAACCUCCUUUACUUUUCUUUAAAACCGAGGUCAAAACUAGCACAAUACCUGAUUUGACUUGCUUACGGAUAACAGCAAGACUAAUAGAUGAAGCUAAAGUAUUGGCACAGGAUGGUAUACCCAGUAUAUACUCAUUAGUAGAGUUGUUAAAUAAUGAAGAAGAUCUAUUAAAUUUUAUACAAUUUGAUACUAGAACUUUUCCAGAAGCAUCUGACGCUCUUUUCCCUCAAUUAAUAGAAAAUUCCAAUGUAGAAAAGAAAAAACCGUCACAUUAUAAAAAAGGUGACGGGAAAGACAAGAGGGCUAAUGUUGAUUUUGAAGAGAUUUUGAAAGAGAACACGGAUAUAGCGAAACGGUGGUUGGAGAAAAGAGAAAACAAUAGGUAUAACAAAAUGAUGUCCGGGAGGAGAAAAUUGCCCGCUUGGCAAAAAAAGAACGAGAUAUUGAAUGCAAUAAAGAAAUCACAGGUAGUAGUAAUAAGUGGUGAAACCGGCUGUGGCAAGAGCACACAAGUCCCUCAAUACAUCCUGGACGAUUGGCUGGACAACUUCAACAAGGGCGGUCGGGAGCAUGUGGAGAUUGUGUGUACGCAACCUAGGAGGAUAUCCGCCAUUGGAGUAGCGGACAGGGUCGCGGAAGAGAGGGUGGAGAAGACUGGACAAGUUGUGGGGUAUCAGAUACGCCUCGAGAGCAAAGUUUCAUCAAAAACCCGCCUAACAUUCUGCACAACGGGCAUAUUGCUACGACGACUCGAAUACGACCCUCAACUCAAAUCCGUCACGCACAUAUUGGUGGACGAAGUGCACGAACGAUCCGAAGAAAGCGACUUCCUUUUGCUCAUUUUGAGGGACCUUGUCAAAGUGAGGAAGGAUUUGACGGUCAUACUCAUGAGUGCGACGCUGAAUGCUGAGCUGUUUUCGGAUUACUUUGAAAAGGUUCCAGUGCUGGAGAUACCAGGUCGAACGUUUCCCGUGGAGCAAAUAUUCUUGGAGGAGAUUAUGGAGUUAUCUAAUUAUGUCUUAGAAGAAAAUGGACCAUAUGGGCGGAAGGUCAAAAAAGGUGACAAAGACAAGAGAAUAGACCUUGAAACGGAGCUGGAAGCGUGUGACGUGCGCGCGUCCAUGGAGCCCCCGAAGGCGUCCAUUCGCGAUGAAAACCUCACCGUGGCGCAGGUCGUCGCCCGGUACCCGAAGUGCAGCAAAGCCACGUGCAAGAACAUGUAUCUUAUGGACACUGAGAAAAUAAACCUAGAGCUGAUAGAGCACACGUUGAAGUACAUAGUCGACGGGAACCACAACUGGCCACGAGAGGGCGCCAUCUUGAUCUUCUUGCCCGGCAUAGCGGAAAUCAUGAGUUUACAUGACCAACUGGCUGAGAGUCAUACAUUUAGUCCCAAAACUGGUAAAUACAUCCUAAUACCGCUCCACUCUACGCUGUCGAGUGAAGAGCAAUCCUUGGUAUUUAGCAAAACUCGGGAGGGCGUGAGGAAGAUAGUGCUGUCUACAAAUAUCGCUGAAACUUCCGUCACCAUUGACGACUGUGUGUUUGUUGUGGAUUGCGGGAGGAUGAAGGAAAAACGAUUUGACUCAAACCGCAACAUGGAAUCCCUGGAGCUGGUCUGGGUGUCCCGCGCCAACGCGAAACAACGCAAAGGUCGCGCCGGCCGUGUCAUGCCCGGCGUGUGUGUCCACCUUUACACGUCGCACAGAUAUCAGUACCAUUUGCUGGAGCAACCCGUGCCGGAGAUACAUAGGGUGCCGUUGGAGCAACUACUGUUGAAGAUUAAGAUACUGCCGCUGUUCCAGAAUAUGAGCGUACAUGAGGUUUUAGGAAAAACGAUAGAACCGCCAACGAAACCGAGCAUUGACAGCGCCCUCUGUCGCCUCCAAGACGUCGGAGCCCUCGACAAAUCCUACGGCCUCACACCGCUAGGAGCUCACUUAGCGGCAUUACCAGUUGAUGUUAGAAUAGGAAAGCUGAUGCUGUUUGGUGCAAUCUUCUGUUGCGUUGACUCCGCGCUCACGAUGGCCGCUUGUCUUAGCCAUAAGAGUCCGUUCGUGGCGCCUUUUGGGAAAAAGGGUGAAGCAGAUGCCAAAAGAAAAGAAUUUGCGUGCUCGAACAGCGACCAAUUGACGACUUUAAGAGCUUAUAGGAAAUGGCAACUCGCGUUGCAACGCAGCACACAUGCCGCUCUAGUGUUUGCCAACGAACACUACCUGUCUCACAAGACGUUGCUCAUGUUGGGCGACAUCAAACAUCAGUUGUUAGGGUUGCUGGCCGCUAUAGGCUUCGUGCCAGACAUGCCGGAUUUGAGGAAAAAGAUGAGGAAAGACUCAGUUGCUGCUCUCACUGGACAACAGCUCAAUUCGAAUGGUGACAAUGACAAACUGCUGGCAGCCAUUUUGUGUGCAGCGUUGUAUCCCAACGUCGUCAAGGUGCUAACCCCAGAAAAGUCCUUCCACAUGCAAGCCGGCGGCGCCAUUCCUCGCCAGCCGAACGCCGACGAAUUAAAAUUCAAAACGAAAACCGACGGUUACGUCGCGCUCCACCCUUCCUCUAUCAACUCGAACGUCGGCUAUUUCAACAGCCCGUACCUAGUGUAUCAGGAGAAGGUGAAAACGUCGCGAGUGUUCAUUCGAGAGUGUUCCAUGGUACCGCAGUUGCCGCUCGUUCUGUUUUCUGGCUGCAAUCUGUCAGUGGAACUGCACAACGGUACAUUUAUUGUAUCCCUUGAAGAUGGAUGGAUCAUGUUCCAGGUGGAGAAACAUGAGGUGGCGGAAAUGCUGAAAACGAUACGAGUGGAACUUAUAAACUUACUUGAAGAAAAAAUUAACGAUCCUUGUCUGAAUUUGCUGAAUUAUGAAAAAGGAAACAAAAUUAUACAAACGAUUGUCCAAGUCGUUACUAAAGAUUAAAAUCAAACGAAACUUCCAUCAAUAUUGUUGUACCAUUAGUAACGAUGCUUAAAGUGUUCAAAUUGUUACCAAUUUUUGUUUUCGAAGUUGUAUUUUUAUACUGUACUUUGGACUAUUGUAUUAUAUAUACGAUAAGAUUAUUCGUCGAGCAUAUUAUAUCGAUCUAAAUGAGUUGAGAUUAACUUAUUCCGCAUGAAAUUGAACUCCACGAACUUCUUGUAAGUUAACAAACUAAAUAACAUUAUAAGUACAUUGUCUUAAUAAAAACUUGAGUUCCUCCGAAAUAAUAUUAAAAUGUAUGGUUUGUCUGCAAAAGUGUUACAUAACUUUUUUUACCACGUAGGUGGCUAACAAGCAUACGGUCUGCAACUUCAAGGGUGUUACAUGCGCGUUGUCGACGCUUGAAAAACCUGUACACUCCUUUUAUGAAGCACCCCAUACUGUAGCCCUUAGGGAAAACCUCAGCAGGAAGCUCAUUCCACAGCCGGAGCGUCCGCGGGAGGAAAUUGCUCUUAAACCGCAUAGUGCGCGACCAUUUAAGUUCUAGGGUGUAAGGAUGAACACCCUGCCGAUGGCGAGCGGUGCGGUGAUAUAAAGUGGCCGUUGGCAUCAUGUCAAGCAAUUCUUCAGAGCACAACCCAUAGUACAAGACAAGCGGUAGAACACACACGGAGGCAGUCUCUUCUUAGGCUUAAGAGUCCAAUGUUGCUUGUGAGUUUGGGGUCGUAGACAAUUCGUACAGUACGCCUUUGCAUCGAGUUGAAGGGUCCAAGCUACCAGGUAACUUAACCCUUGCUGACCAUCUGAUUUUCUAGUUAAUCAAAAUAUAUUUUUUGCCUGACUAUUUCAUUACUUACCAUAUAAAAAAAGUUCAUUGGAAAGAAAGAAAAUACAUUUGAAAUGUUGUUCGAACGUCCUUAAAUGUACACUUAAAUGAACUCUCUGUCAAUACUAUGUAUACUUAUUUACAAAUUGUAAAUUAAUUAUAUUAUAAAAUACAUACUUAUAAUUAUAACAUAUCCCGGUGAUCUGUUAUUAAUCUUUGUUGGCAAUGUACGCUUCUUAAUAAAAUUUAUUAGGAACUAGAAAUGUUUUUAUAAGUAGGCAAAUUUUAUAUACUGUAUGAAAUAAACUAUUUUGUUUA